CAGGGUUAACGCCCAAUCGGGAGGCGGCGUUUGCGCACCACGUGAUCAUUUUUGAACUCGAGCCGCGCGGUCGCCGGCGGUAACAAAAUCUUAGCGUGUCAAAAGUGGCUUAAAGGUUUAAACUUCUCAGCAACGUUUCCCGUCAACAACAAGAAGGGACACAGCAGCUCACGGCAUGAGCGAGUUCAACUCGUCGGACGAAGAGGUGGACCCUGCACAGAGCGAGCAGCCGCCUUUUCGCAUUGACUGGCUUGACCUCUCCAUGGUAGGCUAUCCCACGCUGAACUUGGGGAUCAGCAGCCUGCCAGGUUGCAAAUUCAAGGAGACGUGGAGAAACUUGGACAAGGAUCUUGACGAGGUGCAGGCGCAGGGCGUGCAGGACGUGCUGGUGCUGUGCACGCCCGGCGAGCUGGUCCACUGCCGCGUGCCCGACCUGCUGGAGGCCUACGCCCGCCGCGGCCUGCUUGUGCAUCACGAGCCGGUGCUCGACGGCGCGGUUCCCGACAUGGCGCGGUGCUGCGCCCUCCUGGACACGAUGCACGGGUCCCUGGGCGCCGGCAGGAGAGUGCUCGUCCAUGGCUGCCUGCUUCCUGCUGCGCAUCUCCGAGUCGCUCAGCCCCGAGGACGCGAUAGCGGCGCUGUGCGAGUUGCGCGGGAGGGCAGCCAUACAGACCGUGCAGUACAACUUCCUGCACGAUUUCCGAGAGCUCCUGGAGGCUCACGUCACAGCGAGGAUGGAGCAGGCCGAGUCGAGGGCCGUGUCCCGUUAGGCCGGCCGCCGUGUCUCACUGGGGGCCGUUCACCCAGCAAGAGGGAGCCGGGGUGGUUGGAUAGGAGGAGGAGGAGAAACCAAAGGAGCUGCCACGGCGGAGUAACGGUCGGCACACUGGACUGCAGUCCAGAGGUCGCCGGUUCGAUUUCAUCUGCGGCGCGGCGGCUGAAAUACCCCUCUCCUCCCCCCACUCCCACCCCAUCGACCGCUUCCGCGUACCCAGCAGUAUAAAUGGGCGCAACCCUGGUUAGUUGAUCGGCAGGUCGCCGCACGUGAUGGGGUUCAGCGUGGGUAUUUUCACCAAGAUGUAGUGGCCAGCGUGGGAGAUCCCCCUUCAGCCAGCAGUGGUUUUGAGCAAGCAAAUUGCAGGGCUGCACCUUUAUCUCUUAACAGCAGUCGAUGUCAAAAACCGGUGGUGGAUGCCAAAAACGUUUAAACAUAAUGGGUUAUUUUUGGGUUAGAUCGCGUAAGGAGAAAUGUGUUGGUAAAUCCGCCACCACCCGACACGGCCAAUUAGUAAA